UAGAUCACGACGCACRUGACAUUUACUCUCUGUUAUAGCUCGUCCAUUAAUGAGGAUCCUUUCACCAUAUAGUUCUACAAAUACCUAAGGAGUGAUAGAGUCUCUUCAGCCUUGGGUUUCGUCUGUUACGUUCUCUUUCAAUUUCCAAUGGAUCAAUUACCUGGAAUUGCUUGCUCUCUGGAGAACAAGUCCAUCUUAGUCACCGGCUCUACUGGCUUUCUAGCAAAGAUGUUUGUGGAGAAAGUGCUACGUAUUCAGCCUAAUGUUAAGAGGCUUUUCCUUCUUUUGAGAGUUGCAGAUGCCAAGUCAGCCCAAGAGCGACUGUCUAAUGAGGUUGUGGGGAAAGAGUUAUUUCGGGUUCUAAGACAGAAACAUGGUGAAUGUAUGGAUUCCUUCAUUUCAGACAAGGUGACUCCGGUUGCUGGGGAUGUCACUUGGGAGAACUUGGGGAUUAGUGAUUCUAAUUUGCUCGAAGAAAUUUGGGGAGAAGUCGACUUCAUCGUUCACUCAGCUGCCACUACCAAGUUUGAUGAGAGGUAUGAUACAGCACUGAAUAUCAAUGUCUUAGGAGCUAAGCAUGUCUUGGACUUUGCAAAAGGAUGUGUUAAAUUGCAGACGCUUAUACAUGUAUCAACUGCUUAUGCGGCUGGUGAAAAACCGGGAAUCAUAUUAGAAAAACCAUUUAAAAUGGGAGAAACGCUCAAUGGGAAGUUGAGUUUAGACAUCAUGAAAGAGCUAAAGAUAGUCGAACAAGGUUUGCAGGAUCUGUGGGCAAAGCGAGCAACAAAAGAUGAAGAGAAACUUGCAAUGAAACAGUUGGGACUUCAAAGAGCAAGACUUCAUGGGUGGCCAAACACCUAUGUGUUUACAAAGGCAAUGGGUGAGAUGCUUCUGGGGCAAAUGAGAGAGAAUGUUCCCCUCGUUAUCAUGCGUCCAACUAUUGUGACAAGCACUUACAGAGAACCAUUCCCAGGUUGGAUUGAAGGUUUUAGAACUGUUGAUGCAAUGAUGACUGCAUACGCCAAAGCCAAAAUGACGUUCUGGGCUUGUGGUCUGGAGAUGAUUGUUGACUUGAUCCCAGGAGACAUGGUGGUGAAUUCCAUGGUUGCAGCCAUGGUUGCCCAUGCCAAUCAGCGCAAAGAGUUCAUUUACCAAGUGGGUUCCUCUAGAAGUAAUCCCAUCAAAGGCAGCAGAGUUCAUGAAUACGUUCACCGCUACUUCUCUAUCAAUAAUCCAUUCGUUGACAAGAAAGGAAACCCCAUCAAGAUUCGCAAGUAUGCAGUUCUAACCAGUAAGCAUGCAUUGCAGUGGUACAUGCUUACGCGAUACAUGCUGCCAUUGAAGGGUUUGCAAGUUCUGAACAUAGCAUCUUGUCGGCAUUUCCAACACCGAUACAAGGAACUCAAUCGGAAAAUCAAAUAUUUAAUGUUUCUGAUGAAGCUUUACCAGCCAUUCUUAUUCUUUAAAGGAAUCUUUGAUGAUACAAAUUUAGAGAAGCUCCGAAUGGCCACCUUCAAGAAUGCUGCUGAUGCAAACACAUUUUGUUUUGAUACAAAAUGCAUUGAGUGGGAAGACUAUUUGAUGAACAUUCACAUCCCUGGUGCUCUAAAAUAUGCCAUCAAAUCAUAGUCAUGGUUUUGGGCUUCAAGUAAAUUCAAUCAAUAACGUGAAUACAUUGUAAUGGAAUAAAAACUUAGUAUCGUUUCAAUUUUAAUAGGAUUUCUGCUAUUUUGUUUAGUACUAGUAAUUAAGCACAUUUGUGUA